UGCCCAAACGACCAAACUCCAUAUCAAACAUAGUAGUAGUCGCUACUCGCUAGUCUCUAACUAUAUAAGAGUAACAAAAUUUUUAGCUUUGCUACUUAUCAAAUCACAUUCAUCUUAAGUUUUAAGAAGAGCUACAACAUGGUGACCAUUGUAAAAGAGGAGUUCACAUUUUCUGAAGAAUCUCGACCAUUCAACAACUGCCACGUUUCUACCAUUGUCGAGAUCAACAAAGAUGAAUUUCUGGUUACUUAUUGGGGCGGCUCAAAGGAAGGAGCUUCGGAUGUCAAGAUUUAUACACAACGACAUGUUCAGCAUGGUUCAUGGAGCUCUCCUGUUGUGGUUGAUGAAGAACCUAGUGCUACUGUAUGGAGUCCUGUACUACAUAAAGCACAUAAUCAGUUGCUUCUAUUUUUCAGAGUUGGACCAUCCUUUCAAACUUGGACCGGAUGUAUGAGGCGUUCAUUCGAUGAAGGUCUAACUUGGUUAGAGCGAGAACUACUUCCUGCUGGCAUUAUAGGACCUGUCAAAGAUAAGCCUCUUUUACUGAAAAAUGGAGACUUGUUAUGUGGCUCUUCUAUGCAAAGUUGGCAUGCUUGGGCAUCUUGGAUGGAGGUGACUCCAGAUUUAGGUAAAACAUGGAGAAAAUAUGGUCCUAUAACGGUACCAAAUCACUCUAUGAGUGUGCUUCAACCAGUACCCUACUACACGAAAACAGGCCUUUUACGCGCUCUAAUGAAAUCCCAUGAGGAUAUUGGUAGAGUUUGCAUGUCUGAGUCGCGAGAUGGUGGAUGUACUUGGAGUGAUGCUAUGCCCACUCAACUCCUGAAUCCUGAUUCAGGGAUUGAUGCUGUGAAGUUGUUUGAUGACCGUCUUGUGUUAGUCUACAACACUACUUCUAGGGGAAUUUUGAAGGUUGGAGUCUCUCGCGAUGAUGGUGAUUCAUGGACAGAAGUUUUGACACUCGAAAACACUCAAGGAAUGGAAUUCUCUUACCCUGCUAUCAUUCAGGCUAGUAAUGGAUUGAUUCACAUCACUUACACUUAUAACAGGACACAAAUCAAGCAUGUUGUACUUCAACCCUCAGUCUCAACUCUCUCAAGUUGAUGCAAAGAGCGGUCAUAGGAUUACUACAGGAAGGGCAAAAAGGGUGCUACUCCGUAAUAUGAACAAGAAUAUUAUUUGAUAUUCCCUCCGUGGCAUAAAUAAAUUAUCACACAUUUUUCAUUAUCUCAUUAUUUCAAUUAAUACGUUGUAUUUUUAGUAUUCAAAAGUAUCAAAAGAAAUACUAAACUCCACAAGCUAAGAUUAAGGUCAUUUUCUUUUCGCCUUACAAAUAUUAGUAUUACAUUAUUUGAUUAAAAUUCAGUGCAAGUGUUUUUAUAAAUUUGAUUAAGAAGAAUAAUAACUAAUAAACUCAAAUAAAUUUAGCUAACAAGACUUGUCCAAAUAAAUUUUAGUACAACUAGGCCUGUUCAAGGAUCAGAUAUCCGAUUCGAAAUCACAUUUUGGAUCAGAUAUCCGAAUACUUGGAUAUCAGAAACUGAUAUCCAAAUCCGAUCCGAAAAUUUCGGAUAUUCGAUAUUCCGAUAUCCAAAUUUUUCGGAUCGGAUGCUUAGGAUAUCCAUUAUCCAAUAUUAAGUAAAAUUGAUUAUGAUUACUUUUCAAAUUUCACUAAUUUUACCGUUUUUUUAUCACUUAGUUGUACAACAUAUUAGAACAAAAUAGUAGUCUUUUUGCAAUAAAAAUUAUCAUUAAAUAUAUUCAGAAUAUUAAAAUAAGUUAAUAAUACAGGGUUAGUUUUAUAUGAACAAUUUGAAUUUUUAUAUAUAUUUCACUAUUUCAGCCUUUAUAUUUCGGAUAUCGGAUGAAAACUCGAAUCGAAUAUCCAAAAAUUCGAAUCAACUACGGAUCGAAUUAUCAGAUUUUCGGAUUCUUGAAUAAUUUUGUACAUGCCUAAGUACAACUAUUAAGGCCAUUUUUGGGCUAUGGUAUAAAAUAUAAAUCAUGGGUAGUGUGUGAAUUUGUACUUUGACGGGCUAAGUGGCCCAGUACUGUAAGCAUGAAUAUUAUGUUUUUUAUUUCGUUUUUUCAUUGGGCUUCACUUAUGAUUUUCAUUUUGAGUUCUGUAUUUUAAGAGUUUUUCUUCUCCUUUCUAUUCUUUUUUUAGGGGUAAUUUGGGUAUGGUUUUUGAUAGAAAAUAAGUAAAAAUUCCUUCCAUAUUUCCACCAUUUUCUAAAAAUUUGUAACAAAUGGGAUAUUUAUACUCCUGUUAUGCGAUUCAAAAAAAAUAAUAAUAAAUAAAAAAAAAAUCCUUCCGUUACUUUUUAAUUCAUAGGUUUUGAUCAUUUUUCUCUAGAAAAAGGAAUUCAAGUGUGAUUAAAAAGUGACGGGUGAACUAUUUGUUAAUACACAACUUUGGUUAUUAACAUAUUGUAUGAUCAAUUGGCACCUUAUUUUAUCUUCAAUUCUCCUUUUUUUUUCUUUCUUUUUUUUUUUUUUUUUUUUUUUUUUUGCGUUUAAGAAAAAAUACUCCUAUUUUCUUGAUUAAUUAAUAAUAGCUUUGAUCAAUGUAAUAUAUUUUGAUUAGUUAAUACGAAGUGCACCUUUUAUCUUAAUAUAUUAAAGUCAACUAAACUACCUAAAACCAUGUGUCGAUUAUAGUGUAGCACUUUUAAAAAUAAAAUUAAAUAAAAAAAAAGGAAUAAAUAAGAUAUAUGACUGGUAAAUUGGGACAAUCAUUAAAAAAAAUGUAAAAACGCAUAAAUGAUAUGAAUUUCUUUUUACAAGCUAAGUUCAAACACUAUCUAAACUUUAUCUCUUUUUUUCCAAUUGAUAUUUAUUAUUUUUAUUUAAGAUUAAAUUUAAGAAGUAUGGUAGUCUUAGAAACCAAAAAUAAGAGAGAGAUGCUUUGAAUACUUUGAAAAUUAGGUUAGUUUCUCUACAAUACAAUAAUGCAUGACUUUUAAAAGGGUUGAUGAUGCUGGUUAAGUAUUGGCGCAUAGCUGCUAUUUACAUGGCAAGUAAAUAGCAUGAAUAAGACAAAAGAGUUGUGAAAAAUGUUUUUCUAGUGGUACUAAUAAGUAUAUAAAUUGUCAUCAAAUAUUGUACUACUGUUACCUAUAAUGGCUAUAAAUAGUACUAAUAAAACAAUCUAUACUCUAGUAGUAUAAAAUAUAUGUAUAAUAGUACAUUAAAUAUACCACUGUAAUGAUAAAAAAAAUAAUAUAAAUUUACCAAUUAGCCCUCCCAUAUAUACAUCCCAAAUAAAUAAUAGUUAUACGCCUAGUUGCACUCCAUGUUUCUUCAUUAUAAAUAAGUUGUGGGAGUGAUUAGAGGCUUUUGCAAAAAGUCAUUCUUAAUAAAAACUUUAUAGAAUAGGACAUUCAACAUUAUAAAAAUUUAGUCCACAUAACAUUUUUUUUUUCCAAAACACAUAACAUUAUUUCUACUACCUCCGCUUUUUUUAAUUUUUUUAAUUUUUUAUUUU